AUGCCAUUUCGCCAGGCGGCCAUGGAGAACAUCUACACCAUACCCAAUCUCCUCACGCUCUCCCGCAUAGUCGCGUGCCCCGUCCUUGGCUGGGCGAUCGUUCACGACGAGUUUUACCUCGCGACCGGCCUGCUCGUGUAUGCCGGCCUGACAGACUUGGUCGACGGAUGGCUCGCCCGGAGGUUCAACAUGGGCUCCGUCCUCGGGACAAUCCUCGACCCCGCGGCGGACAAGAUGCUCAUGACGACGCUCGUGGUCACGCUCGCAGUCAAGGACCUCAUUCCCGUCCCCCUUGCUGCAAUCAUCCUCGGGCGCGACGUGCUGCUCAGCCUCACCGCGUUCUACAUCCGCUACACGACGCUGCCCGCACCCAAAACGUUCACGCGAUACUGGGACUUCUCCAUCCCAUCUGCUGAGGUUCGCCCCACCGGUAUCAGCAAGGUGAACACCGCGCUCCAGCUCUUGCUCAUGGGCACCGCGACUGUGAGUCCUAUACUCCCGCUAGACAUCGGUCUCCCGCUCCAAGCACUCCAAGUAAUCGUUGCUGGCACCACCAUAUGGAGCGGUGCGUCCUACGUUUUCGCGAAGGACGGCUUCCGCGUCAUCUCCUCAUAG